GGGUUCCGCUUCCGGUUCCGGCGGCGGGCGGCAUGAAGGAGGCGCUGCAGGCGCUGGGCCGGGUGCCCGCGCACCCCGAGGCCCGCUGCUGGUUCCUGGCCUGGAGCCCCGGCGGCGGCCUCCUGGCGUCCUGCGGCGGGGACCGCACCGUGCGGCUCUGGGCGCGGGAAGGGCCGGGCUGGGCGUGCCGGGCGGUGCUGGGCGAGGGGCACCAGCGCACGGUGCGCCGCGUGGCCUGGUCGCCCUGCGGCUCCUACCUGGCCUCCGCCAGCUUCGACGCCACCACCUGCAUCUGGAAGAAGGGCGACGACGGCUUCGAGUGCGUGACCACGCUGGAGGGGCACGAGAACGAGGUGAAGUCGGUGGCCUGGGCCCCCUCGGGUAACCUGCUGGCCACCUGCAGCCGCGACAAGAGCGUCUGGGUGUGGGAAGUGGAUGAGGAGGAGGAGUACGAGUGCGUCAGCGUCCUCAACUCGCACACGCAGGACGUCAAGCACGUGGUCUGGCACCCCAACCAGGAGCUCUUGGCCUCGGCCAGCUACGACGACACGGUGAAGCUGUACCGCGAGGAGGAGGACGACUGGGUGUGCUGCGCCACGCUGGAGGGCCACGAGUCCACCGUGUGGAGCGUGGCCUUCGACCGCGGCGGCGAGCGCCUGGCGUCCUGCAGCGACGACAAGACGGUGCGCAUCUGGCAGCAGUACAAGCCGGGCAACGAGGAAGGGGUGGCGUGCAGCGGCACCGACCCCACCUGGAAGUGCGUCUGCAACCUGUCGGGCUACCACACCAGGACCAUCUACGACGUGGCGUGGUGCCACCUCACCGGGGCGCUGGCCACGGCCUGCGGCGACGACGCCAUCCGCGUCUUCGAGGAGAGCGCCUCCUCCACGCCGCAGCAGCCCACCUUCAGCCUCACCGCCCACGUGCCCCGCGCGCACUCGCAGGACGUCAACUGCGUGGCCUGGAACCCCAAGGAGCCGGGUUUGCUGGCCUCCUGCAGCGACGACGGCGAGAUCGCCUUCUGGAAGUACCAGCGGCCCGAAGUCUGCUGAGAGCUUUACCCGGAGGUUUCACGCCGCGGUGCCGGCCCCAGGAUGGGGGGCGUUCAGCCGCCACAAAGCCCCUUGGUGGGGAGAGCAGGACGGGGACGGGGUGGGCAACCUCCUGCAUCCUGCCUCCCUGCAGCACUUGGACUUCAGCCCUUUGGCAGCCCGUGGCGGGGGGGGGGGGGUUCAGGGGGGUUUGGCAUGGCCAAAAAGGAGCCUGCCAGCCGUGGGGGUCCUGCCACGCUCCCCGAGGACACGCACGGUGGCGCAGCGCCGCUGCCAGGCUCAGGCCGACUUUGGGAGACGCCCCGAGGGCGUUGCUUCUCCCUCCUGCUCCGCGCUCAAUAAAUCCUUGCCCUGCUCGAA